UGAGAGUCGCCCUAUCUUCUCGGCGAACUUCUGUUAUAUCUCGUUCUUCAUAGCUCGUAUCUAGUCCUCAUAUUUCCGUACGGUCAACCAUGUUAGCAUUGACUAUACUUCUCGGCUUGACCAUCCCAUCUUUGACUGCUGCCACAGCUGCUGCAAACUUUAACCUAUCUACUUCAACCCUCGAGACCUACGGAUGCGAUGCUACUUGCCAGGCAGUUUUCAACUAUGCACAGGCCGAAGACCGGACACUGUUCGGGACUAAUUUUGAAUUCGGCUUUUAUGCCACGGCAGCCAAUUUCUCCCGGUCCCAGCCCGGUGAUCUGUUGAAGUUUGAAGCCAUUGACCCCGAUGGCCUAGAUGUUAUCAAUGGAAUGUCUGCCUAUCGCUUCCAGUAUACUUCUCGAGACCUAAACGGGUCCCUCGUUCCGGCUACCGGGUUCAUCGGAAUACCCUAUACAUCGUUCCGAAAGGACAAAAAGUACCCGGUCAUUGCCUACGCCCACGGUACCAUCGGCGUCUUUGCUGGAUGCCCACCCUCUACCACCCCAACUCUGUACGACUAUACCAGCUGGAGUAUUCUCAUUGAGAAGGGCUACGCUAUAGUCGCGCCUGACUACGCUGGCCUUGGAAACAACUACACGGAGCAUAAAUACCUUAGUUUCCCUGCGCAUGCCAAUGAUCUCUAUUAUGGUAUGGUUGCCGCUCGGAAAGCUUUCCCUGGACUUUUUACAGAUGGAUGGAUGGGCGUCGGACAUUCUCAAGGCGGCGGCUCUGUCUGGAAGCUUUCAGAGAGUCAGUUGCUUCAAACUGGAGCCGCUGGAAAGUAUCUCGGCACUGUCGCAUUAGCACCUGCCUCCAAGAUUUAUGACAUGACUCUACUUGGUAUCGAAUCACUAUCUCAGACCUCCAAUUACGCAUCAUACGACAUUCUCUAUGAAACAAUCUGGCUCCCGUUUGCCAUUGAGCGUGUCUUCCCAAAUAUGAGCCGCGCGCCGUUUGCCGAAACACUCCAGAAUCGAACCAAGAUUGCCAACAUGGCACAAGCAUGCAAUUACGGUAUCAUGUCCCUCGUGUAUGAACUAAAGCCUUCGGACCUCUUUACUUCGGCAAUUAAGGACAAUACGGAUUUUCAGAAGUGGCAAGAUAUGGUUGCUCCCGCCAAUGGUGAUAAGGCUGGAGAGCCUAUGAUGAUCAUCCAGGGUUUAAAUGACACGGCCGUCUUGCCCCAGAUCACUGUCAGCUCUUUCAAAGACACCUGUCGUUACGGGAACGAAGCUCACCUCAGGUUGUAUCCGGGAAUGGAUCACUCUGACGUGCUGACUGCGAGUUCCCCUGAGUGGUUAGCCUUUAUUGAUGGGCGCUUCGCUGGUUGGAAGACUACAAGAAACUGCAGCACCAUUACACAUCAGCCUUUUGAUGCUACUCACAUGGUGACCGAUCCGGAAGCUGCGCAAAUCGCAAGCAUCUAAUAUUUAGGGGGUGGGUACAGAGGCACGCACAUAUAGGAAGUCGUGUACAUAUCAGAACUAGACUGUGUCUUUCGCACACAACGCGUGGAUACAUUAUCC